AUGUUGUGCUCAAACUUCAGGUCUGCAUUUGCCAGAGCCCAACCCUCGAGCUCGCACUCGGGUGUUUUGGCGCUGGCCAGGAGAUGGGCCUCGACAGAGGCACCAGUCGUCCAGCAGUUGGACUCGCGGAUUUUGAAAAUUGUACCUAGAGAAAAGGAUUUAACAGAUCUGGAGCGCCAAGACAUCAUUGUGAAACGUCAAAUGAAGCUGGCAAAUGCUAAAGUUGAGCUGAAGAAACUCAAGCCAACGUCGCCUGGUUUGAGAUGGUGGAGAAGACCAAUGUAUCCAUACUUACACAAGGGAAGUCCUAUAAAAAACCUGACAUAUACAUGGCAUCAACAGUCCGGAAGAAACAACUCCGGAAAAAUUACAGUUAGGCACAGAGGUGGUGGACACAAGCGGAGAGUGAGGAUUGUGGAUUAUGAAAGAAAGAUCUCUGGUCCACAGACGGUUGUGAGAAUUGAGUAUGACCCCAACAGAACGUCCCAUAUUGCCUUAUUGAAACACAAUGAGAGUGGUGAGCUAUCGUACAUCAUUGCCUGUGAAGGAAUGAGAGCUGGCGAUGUUGUUGAGUCUUUCAGAGCCGGUAUUCCGGACAGACUCAUCCAGGAAAUGGGUGGUAAGGUCGACCCUGCGCUGCUGAGUGUAAGAACUUCGCAGAAGGGCAACUGCUUGCCUAUCUCUAUGAUUCCUGUUGGUUCAAUUGUGCACAACAUUGGAGAAAAGUCCAGAGGACCCGCGAAGUACUGCAGAGCUGCUGGCACAUACGGCAGAAUCGUCUCCAAGAUCGAGGAGAAGAACUUGGCCAUUGUGUCGUUGCAGUCAGGCGAACAGCGCUAUGUGGCUUUGGACUCGUGUGCUACCCUAGGAGUGACCUCUAAUGCUGACCACCAGCACGAGUCGCUCGGUAAGGCUGGUAGGUCCAGACAUAGAGGUAUUCGUCCAACAGUGAGAGGUGUCGCCAUGAACAAAUGUGACCAUCCGCACGGUGGUGGAAGAGGUAAGUCCAAGUCCAACAAGCACUCACAAUCACCUUGGGGAGUUUUGGCCAAGUCUGGUUUCAAAACUAGAAGGGGCAAGCAUGCAAAUAAGAUGAAGUUCAAGGACAGACCCAGAUUCGGCGCCAAACGUGCUUGA